AUGAGAAAUUUGAAGCAGUCGAAAGGGGCGUUAAAGCAAGAAAAAGUCGAUAUCGUAUCACUUGACAUAGCAAAGUCGCUAGUCCCUGAUAACCGUCAACUUUCUGAUGAUGACAGAGAUAGUAACGACCAGGAUUCUGGUGACGACGAUGUUGUCGUGCAGGAGAUUGGAAGUGAUGAGGAUGAUAUUGAUUCCGACGACGAUGAAGGAGAAAUUUAUGAAGGUGAUGCGGGAGAAGAGGAGGAGGAGGAAGAAAACAUUUCCAACCUUUUGCAGACCACAAGAUCUGGUAGAGUUUGCCGGACAUGGAAGGGACGAGUCAGUGCUAUAGACUAA